CAUGUGUGGCAUUGUACAGCUCAGGGUCGCACAGAGCUCCGACACUUACCGUGCCGUCUGCUGUGUGCUGAUUGUCCUUUCGGGAUAAAUGGCUCUGAGUGGAAAAGUUGCCAUUGUGACUGGGGGCUCGCAGGGGCUGGGGAAAGCCUUCACAGAGAUCCUUCUGAAACAUGGAGCAAAUGUGAGCCUCUUGGAUAUUAAUGUGCCCACAGGAAAUAAACUGAAAGCUGCUUUAGAUAAAGAGUAUGGUUCAGACCGUACCUGCUUCAUUUCCUGCGAUGUCACUUCAGAAACACAGCUUCAAGAGGCUUUCAAUAAGACGCUGGAGGUCUUUGGACGACUGGACAUUGUGUGCAAUAAUGCAGGGAUAGGGAACGAGAACAACUGGGAAAGAACUGUGGAUAUCAACCUGAAUGGAGUGAUCAGAGGCUCCUAUCUCGCUCUGCAGCACAUGAAGAAGCAGAAUAAAGGCCAGGGAGGAGUCAUUGUUAACAUUGGGUCAAUGGCAGGUUUGGGUCCAUUUCUCUCAGCACCAGUCUACACAGCCACCAAGCAUGCUGUUGUUGGAUUCAGCCGGGCUUUAGCAGAUGCCUCUCAAGUGAGUGACUACGGGGUGCGGAUAAAUGUGCUGUGUCCUUCUUUCGCAAAAACUGACAUACUGGAAACUUUCAACACAGAAGAUCUCAUGGGACAGUUCUCCAACCUCAGACCAACUACACAGAAACUACUGGAGCAAAUGGGAGUGUUAGACCCAUCUCAGGUAGCUGAGCAGUUUCUGCAGUUGGUGACGGACGACAGCAGGAAUGGGGCAGUGCUGAGUGUGACCCAGGCAGGAGCCAGCUAUAUGGAGUACCCAAAAAGUAUUAUGUGAUCUGUGGGAGCCACAAUAUAUCCACUGCGCUUCAAACCAAUCACAAUAUGUCCACUGUGCUUCAAACCAAUCACAAUAUAUCCAGCACUGCACUUCUGCACUUCAGUGCUCAACUGGUGCAAGUUAAUUUGAUUUUAUUUUUUCCUAAAAUUGUAAUUUUGAAAAUUUAAUAAAAAUAAGUGUUGUAACCAUU